CUAUGGUUCGACGUUCUAAGUUCAUACGUUAUUCUAUGACAGAAUACAGCGUGGUAUCUGACAGAGUAUUGAAAAUGUCAUUUUCAGAUUAAUUUUCAGUAAUGACAGUGUCGAAGAUCAGUAUAAAAUACUGUAUUAAUUUAUUUUCUACUUAUAUAAAUAUUUGACGUCACAAUUCUAACCUGUCAAGGGGGCAAGGUACAAGCAUAUAAUGUUAUUAUUAAUUUCACCCACAAUUCGCCGGAUCACGAAAAUUCCGGAUUGUUUAAAAAUAAGACACAAUCUGUUGUUUCUACGGUAUAAGUCAGAUAGUAUAAUUGUAAAGAUAGCGGAUGUUUCUAAGGAAGUCAAAACUGCGAAGCAUCCAGAAUAUGUACCUAGAAAAUAUUUGGCAAAGGAGCCCAGUCAGGAGCUGUUGCGGCACUUACGGUGGAUGCUGCAGAAAGAUAUCUUGGGCCAAGAUAUGUUCUUGACCGGAGGACCGAGUCCUAGGCGUCGUAAUCUUGCUAUGGCAUUUGUGGAACUAACGGGAAAGGAGGUCGAAUUUAUUGCACUUUCGAGAGACACCACAGAAGCGGAUCUGAAGCAGCGGAGAGAAAUCGAGAACGGAACUGCAAUUUAUCAUGAUCAAAGCGCUGUCAGAGCAGCAGCAAAUGGAAGAGUUCUCAUUCUUGAAGGCGUUGAAAAAGCUGAAAGAAACGUACUACCCGUUUUGAACAAUUUAUUAGAGAACCGCGAAAUGCAUCUUGAGGAUGGCCGAUUUUUGGUCUCAGCAUCUCGUUACGACAAAUUACUGCAGGACCAUACUCAAGAAGAUUUAGAUGCAUGGAGACUGGUGAGAGUCAGUGAAGACUUCCGAGUAAUUGCCUUGGGAUUACCUGUGCCUAGGUACCCAGGACAUCCCCUGGACCCUCCACUUCGAUCUAGAUUUCAAGCGAGACACAUCUCGGGACCAACUUUUCAGGAGCAAUUGGAAUUGUUGAAGCGAGUCGCAGCUAAUGUUGAUCCCGGAAAACUGUCUCAACUCGUAUCAUGUUGUUAUGCUCUUAUCAGUCGAGAAGCAAUGGACCUGGGACUUACAGAUUUUCCCUUGGAUAGUCUCAUCUCGGCUGCACUGAUCUUAGAUAAAUUUCCAGAUAUGGAGGCGUUCGACGUUUUUUACAGACUGUAUCCUUACAAGCUGUUUCUCGGGAAGGAAGGAAAAACAGCAGUCGAGGAUAUACUCAAAACUUUUGGAGUUCGGAUUAAUUCAUCGGAAAGCAAUCAGUCUACCAGAAUAGAAAAUAUUGAAAGGACAAAAGACACGGCUAACGUUAAAAUUAAUUCCAGCGGUCAUCAGACAAUUUUAGACGUCUUCUGUGGUGCUGGAAGCUAUAAGAGUAUAGAGACCUCUAAUUACAUAUCGACGAGUUAUCAGGAUAAUUUGUUAGCCAACGUGUUGCAGUCUCAUUUGGCUUCAGAUUUAUGCAUCGUAGGUCCAAGAGGCUGCGGAAAGUCGAUAACCGUUGAAAAGUUGGCCGACUUUUUGGGCUACGAAGUGGAGCCGAUAGUGCUUUACCAAGAUAUGACUUCUAGGGACCUGAUACAACAACGCACGACCUCAUCUAAUGGCGAUACCGUUUGGAAAGAUUCACCUCUGGUGACUGCUGCUCUGAAUGGGAAAUUGGCAGUGCUGGAUGGAAUACACAGAAUUCAUUCAAGUACUCUGGCCGUCAUCCAUAGGCUGAUUCAAGACCGAGAAUUGCAGUUGCACGACGGAAAGCGACUCGUAAGAGCGGAUCGGUACGACGAGCAAAAGGCAGAAAGCAAGAAGACCGACGAAGAGAUGCAGAAAUCGGGUGUCCUGAGAAUCCACCCUUCUUUCAGAUUAAUAGCCUUAUCGGAACCUCCGAUUCUUAACAGCUCUUCCGGUUUAUGGUUAAACUCUGAGCUGCUCAGUCUCUUCCUUUUCCACGAGAUGAGACCUCUCGACAAAUCGGAGGAGAUCCACAUAAUUCGGUCCAAGUAUGGAGAACCAAGUCCAGCUCUUCUGAACAUCAUCAACCUGGCGCACACCUUGAGGUCAUCCAGCGACCCCACGUUACAUUCCUUGGCUGGAUCUUUAAGCACAAGGCAACUUUUAAGGAUCGCAGCAAGGAUGCAAAAGUUUCCUGAAGACGACGCCUACGAAGCGGUGCAUAGAGCAUGUCUCGCUAGAUUUCUUCCAACGAUAGCAAAACAGUCCCUGGAAGACUGCCUGCGACAGCACGGUAUCACGGGAAAAACUGAUGGAAAGGAAUUAAAUAUAUCUUGUAAGGUCACUGACGAUUCCGUGACCAUUGGAAGUACGACCUUAAAAAGGUUCAAGACUGAAGCCCUAACGAAAGUCCCUGACAUUCUCUUCUACGACGUGCCACAGCACCUGGUCCUUCUAGAGACCUUGUUGCAAGACUUCAGCCUUGGGAGUAAUUUGCUACUCGUUGGUAAUCAGGGCGUUGGGAAGAAUAAAAUCGUCGACAGGCUUCUUCAGCUUCUUAACAGGCCUAGAGAGUACAUUCAGUUGCACAGGGAUACGACUGUUCAGACUUUGACCAUUCAGCCGAUGGUUAGAGAUGGCGUUGUGGUUUAUGAGGACUCUCCUUUGGUCCAAGCGGUGAAAUUGGGACAUGUUCUUGUGAUAGAUGAGGCCGAUAAGGCCCCUACGCAUGUUACUUGUAUAUUAAAAACCCUCGUGGAGUCGGGGGAAAUGAUUCUCUCCGAUGGUCGGCGGAUAGUCCAUUCGGCAGCCGGUGAUAAGAAAGGUUCCAGCAUCGUUCCUAUGCAUCCAGAUUUCAGGAUAAUAGUAUUGGCCAACAGGCCCGGGUUCCCUUUUUUGGGGAACGAUUUCUUUGGUGCCCUCGGAGAUUUGUUCAGCACGCAUUCCGUUGACAAUCCGAGUAUAAAGGAUGAAAUAAUGCUGCUAAAACAGUACGGUCCUUCGGUCGAUGACAAGAUAAUACAGAAAUUGGUGAAGGCGUUUGGAGAGCUCAGAAACAUGGCGGACCAAGGACUCGUUUCGUAUCCUUAUUCCACUCGAGAAGUCGUGAACAUAGUUAAACACUUACAGCAAUUCCCAGACGAGCCUUUGGCCACCGUGAUGAACAACGUCUUCGAUUUCGACCGAUACUCUCAGGAGGUGUUCGACACUUUGGUGACAAUUCUCCACAAACACGGCAUCCCGGUUGGGACCAGUGGGAACAAUGUCGCUUUUGGCAAAGAAAUGUCUCUGCCAGCGGUGAGAAGUGGAACCUGGAAGAUCGCAAACAGUCCAAUUACUGUGCCAGUUCAGGAGAGAUUCAUCAAAUUGAAGUCGCCAAAGCACUCAAAGUCGAGAACUCAUGUACUAGAUCGAGUGGAAGCAAGAUCCUCCAUGUUCACGGAGCUUCAGAAUUACUGGACGAUCCCGAUUAAAGAAAUGAGUGCAGUGGUCGAUUUGUUGGUGACGAAAGGCGUAAAAGGUGACGGAACGGACGACAGCAUCCACGUCCUCGCGACAAACCCUCUAUCCAUCUUCAGCAUGACUCCAGAAUCCGAAGAGAUACAGCAAAUAUCGUUUGAAGGGCUGCUGCAACCAGUACCAGGUCAUAAACUUUCAUACGCCCUGGCGGCUGAUAGUAAGGGGAAUAUUCUGGUACACGAAGAAUCGACGAACGGGCUUCUGUACGUGAACCUGGAAGAGAAAUCAGUGAGACCAUUCCAACUAUCCUCCUUCCUGGAAUCCGCCAGCGAUAGACUAUCUAAUGCCUUCGGAAGCAAAGAUUCGACAUGGAAGCUGCAGCCAGAUCUGUCCACAUCGGAUGAUCAGCUGGUCUUCUACACACCUGGUGGAAACAAAAUGGAGGUGAUCGACUUGAAGACCAUGACCGCAUAUUCUCUGGCUUUGCCAUUUGACAUCAGUUUGGUCCUCUUAGCUUCUCCAGAGAAGUGGCUGGUCCAGGACGCAGCCAGGACCAAGUACAUCCUGGAGAAGGUAUCCGGCAAAAGUCCGUGUCCGAAUACAUUGAGACAUGUCGUAGAGUCCGGGGAUGCAGGAGAGGCGAACCUAGGGAGGAUCCUGAGCUGUGGUCGAAGUGGUCUUAAGGAUUCGAUCCUUAGCGAGGUUUUACAACAGAAAAUCAGCUCACCUAACAGAUUAAUGGCCAGCGACUCGACGUUCGCCAGCGUCGUCGUUGGGUUUCCAGACUUGGACAGCACCUUGGAUGUUUAUUUCUGGCCGAGGAAAGAGAGAACGAGAACUCUCACUCGACCCAUUGUCUUCGAUCAUGGCACCGUUGUCAGGACUUUGCCACGUGGACAGGUUCCGACUGAUGCCAUCCCUUCGCAAAACGAAACUCAUGUUGGUGUUUCGGCUUAUUUGGAGGUGGUUGACACAAUCAACCAUAAAGUGCGGUACAUCGCUAUUCCAGAACCCGUUAAACUAUCUCCAGUCGCCCAAUGGCUCUACUCCAAGGAACUUCCCACAUACGCAGCAGCAACAUCUAAUCAGGGCUUGGUGACCGUAGACGCGGGAGCGUGUGUUCGCUUGUGGGAAGUUUCGCUGAUCAGCAUCGAAAAGUCUUUGGGGGAGUGGAGAAAAAUGGUCGGCGAGGACGGGCGACGUUUACAGAUCACGAAGGAACGGUAUUCCGGGCUGGAUGUCAGCGGUCCCAAGCACGGGAAGGUGGACGAGAAGAACGAGCCCCAUGUCGGUGGCAACACUUGGGCUGGGGGAACUGGAGGCAGGGACACGGCAGGGCUUGGCGGAAAAGGUGGUCCAUACAGAUUGGAUGCUGGCCACACCGUUCACCAACUCAGCGAUGAGGAGAAAGAUGCCGUUCCUGAAGAGGUGAAGAAGGCCGCUCGCGAAAUGGGCCAGCGAGCUUUCAAGCAGCGCUUGAAGGACAUCCAGAUGAGCGAGUACGAUCACAAUAUGUACAUCCAAUUCAGCAAUGCCGUGCAGAAGCAAGUGCAAGCUCUGAGAGUCAUCUUAGGUAGUCUUCAAGCCAAAAGCAGCGAACGUCAAUGGUGCAGACACCAGACUUCCGGCGAGCUGGACGACGCAAAGCUGAUAGAAGGGUUAACCGGCGAGAAGACGAUCUACAGACGAAGAGCCGAGAAGGAACCCGAAAUGGGGACUCCUCAGAUGAAGCCGAAACGACUCAAGCUGGUGGUCGACGUUUCUGGGAGCAUGUACAGGUUCAAUGGAUACGAUGGUCGGCUGGAUCGCGAGAUGGAAGCUUGCGUGAUGGUGAUGGAGGCCUUUGAGGGGUACGAGGGGAAGAUUCGUUACGACAUCGUCGGCCACUCCGGGGAAGAUUAUCACAUCCCUUUUGUGGACCAAUCGCAGCCUCCUGUGGAUAACAAGAGGAGGUUGCAGGUCGUCAAGACGAUGCACGCCCACUCCCAGUUCUGCAUAUCCGGGGACUACACCUUGGAAGCGACACAAUACGCGAUUUCCAGCCUGGCUAAGGAAGAUUCCGAUGAGUCAAUCGUAGUGGUUCUGUCCGAUGCAAACCUGGCUCGAUAUGGAAUACGUCCAGAGCGAUUCUCUAGCAUAUUGACAUCCAACAAGGACGUAAACGCCUACGCCAUUUUCAUCGGGUCCCUGGGAGACCAAGCAGCCAGGUUAACAAAGAAAAUGCCCUCAGGAAGAGCCUUCGUCUGCAUGGAUUUGCGAGACAUUCCGCGAAUUCUACAGCAGAUAUUCGCAGCCUCCGUUCUGAGCACAACUAGGUCUAAUUAAUGCGAAUCCACCUCCUUAAGGUGGUGAAAGAUGCCAAACAUUAAUCUUUGUAUAAUAAUACAAGUAUUAUACAAAAUAUGUAUGUAAACAUGUGCUCGUAAUUAUGAAAGUGGUCUAAGAAAUCUUAUAAAUUGAAUCUAUCCCACAUUUUGGGUUAAGUCCAUACAGAUUAGAACAAAGUGAGGUUAGUUCUCGCAACAGAAAAAAUUACUUAGGUAGAACAUAAUUAACAUAAACAGUGGAAACACUUGUACAGCUGCGUCACCGUCUAAAAUAAAUAUUUUACCACAAGGCUAGGACCAUCGCAACUACAUUAAGGUGAAGUGAAACACGUAGAGACAUUUGAUCGGCAUCGGUAAAAAAGAUUCCUCUAAAUAUCUCCGUUACCGAUGUUCAUAUUUAUAUUGACAGUUGUGUCGAAUUGUAUUGGGUACUGCACCGACAUGCACGGACCACGUCGGGUUGGUUCUAGUCCGUCAUAAAUAAAUAAAUUUUUUAUUAAAAACGAAUGUUUAUGAGUUUCAGGACCUACUUUAGGGCCUCGAUAUUCACGCGGUGAAAUUUGAAACGAAUCGGUACAGCCAAUUUGGGGAAUACCUUUUCCCCAACGAUUUGACUUUUCAGAUACCCAGUGAACAUUGUUAUAUAACUGUUGGGUAAAUGUUACGUUUUCGAAACUAACAUGUUAUGUAGCAUAUAAGUAACAUGAAAGUUAGAUGUUAGUUAUUAUUCCCACUCAGUAAGGUAACAUGUUAUGUAACAUGUUACAUUAUUGUUAUAAUACAUCAUGAUUUUUUACCACUGGAUAAGUUUUGAUGUAUUACCAGACACUGUAUGAAGUAUAAUAUACUUAUAGUGGACGGACAAAU